UCAGCCAAGAAGAUGGCAGGCAUCAGGGGCCUUAUUGCCACGCAGUGGUCAUCUGACAUUCGUCUGGAGGGAAAAACAGCCAUUGUGACGGGUGCUAACAGCGGCAUUGGAAAAGAAACGGCCAAAGACCUCGCUAUGAGGGGGGCCCGCGUCGUGCUGGCGUGUCGGGACUUGGAGAAAGCUGAGCAGGCGGUGGCGGACAUUAUGAGAGAGGUGGAGGGGGCCAGUGUGGUGGCCAAGAAGCUGGAUCUCGCCGACACAAAGUCCAUCUGUGAAUUUGUGGAAAACAUUUACAACACUGAAACAUUCCUGCAUUUCCUUAUCAACAACGCGGGCGUGGCCGUUUGUGCAUACUCAACAACCUCAGAUGAAUUUGAGACACAAUUUGGAGUCAAUUACUUAGGUCACUUCUUUCUGACGUUUCUUCUGCUGGACCUCCUGAAGCACUCCGCUCCCUCCCGGGUCAUCAACCUGUCCUCCAUCGCUCACCUCAUUGGCAAGAUCAACUUUGAGGACGUCAACAGUGAGAAGACCUAUCAUGCUACAAGAGCCUACGCACAGAGCAAGCUGGCCAACAUCCUCUUCACCCGGGAGCUGGCCAGGAGAGUGAAGGGCUUGGGCAUCACAGUGUGUGCGGUGGACCCAGGGAAGGUGAGCACUGAGAUCAUUCGGCACCUGAGGUGGUCUCUGCAGUUCUUCCUGAGGACAUUCAGCUUCUUCCUCAAAACGCCUGCAGAGGGCGCCUACACAAGCCUCUACUGUGUGGUCACGCCAGACCUGCAGUCCGGGGGCUACUACAGGAACUGCGCCCCGGCAACGGGCUCCAGGGCCGCCUGUGACGACCGCACGGCCAGCAAGCUGUGGGCUCUCAGCUGCCACCUGCUGGGCAUCAGCUGGCGCUGA